GUCCACCCAAUCUUUCCCAAAUAUCUCCAAGAACUGAACUCACUCUCAGGUGAUGUGAAGCUGAAACUUGUUACUUCUAAAACCCUAAAACCUCUCUCUAUUUUCACUUCACUUUCAUUUUCAGAUACAGUUUUGCUAUAACAAUGGCAACACUUCAAGUGACAAACCCAAAUGAAUUCCUUUCAUCAUCAUCUUCAUUUGCCUCUUCAUAUCACCUCAACAAAACACUCUCCCAUAAUCACAAAACGGUGCGCAGGAGCCUCUGGAAACGGCCCCAUAAAGGGAGUGUAAGCUGUUCAUUUGCUCCAAUUGAGACUGCCAAAAUUAAGGUUGUGGGUGUCGGUGGAGGUGGCAACAAUGCUGUUAAUCGCAUGAUUGGCAGUGGUUUACAUGGAGUUGAUUUUUAUGCCAUAAACACGGAUUCUCAAGCCCUUUUACAAUCAGCUGCACAGAAUCCACUUCAAAUUGGAGAGCUUUUGACUCGUGGACUAGGCACUGGUGGAAAUCCGCUUCUGGGGGAGCAGGCUGCUGAGGAAUCAAAGGAAGCCAUUGCAAAUGCUCUUAAGGGCUCAGAUCUUGUGUUUAUUACAGCUGGUAUGGGCGGAGGCACAGGUUCGGGUGCUGCACCAGUUGUUGCUCAGAUAGCAAAAGAGGCUGGCUAUUUGACUGUUGGUGUGGUUACUUAUCCUUUCAGCUUUGAAGGACGUAAAAGAUCCGUGCAGGCGCUGGAGGCCAUUGAAAAGUUGCAAAAGAAUGUUGAUACUCUAAUUGUGAUUCCCAAUGAUCGUCUACUUGAUAUUGCUGAUGAGCAGACACCACUUCAGGAUGCUUUCCUCCUCGCUGAUGAUGUUCUACGUCAAGGGGUGCAAGGAAUUUCCGACAUAAUAACAAUACCUGGACUGGUGAAUGUGGAUUUUGCAGAUGUAAAGGCAGUCAUGAAAGAUUCUGGAACUGCAAUGCUUGGAGUGGGGGUUUCCUCUAGCAAAAACCGUGCAGAAGAAGCUGCUGAACAAGCAACUUUAGCUCCUUUGAUUGGAUCAUCAAUCCAGUCGGCGACUGGUGUGGUAUAUAAUAUUACUGGAGGAAAGGACAUAACUUUGCAGGAGGUUAAUAGAGUGUCCCAGGUUGUGACUAGUUUGGCAGACCCUUCUGCUAACAUAAUAUUUGGGGCUGUUGUGGAUGACCGAUACAAUGGGGAGAUACAUGUAACUAUUAUUGCAACCGGCUUCUCCCAAUCGUUUCAGAAGACGCUUCUAACUGACCCUAAGGCAGCAAAGCUGGUUGACAAAGUAGCAGGCGGCCAAGAGAGCAAGGGAAUACCCCCCCUCCCCAGGUCUCCAACCUCACCUUCACCUGUUAACUCCAGACCGUCACGAAAGCUCUUCUUUUAAUUCUUUUGAGCUUUUCUAGUUUUUGUUUUUGUUUUCUCUUUUUAUGCCACAGCUAUGUAAAGAUGUUGGAAGCUCAAGUGUAUCUGGUAUCAUUUCCUUUUAGGUUUCCUUUGCGUCUAUAUUAUGUUUGCUAUUUGUCUA